UGGAAAACCGAGCUAGUGGUCAUCCAUCCAUAGCCUCCGAUCUCCCAGACCUUCAUCUACAUUUACAGAACCGCGCUGGACAAACAGAACCUCAACUCCAGCGUCUCCGGCCUCGUUCCCAUGCGAGCAGUCUAAGCCAUAUCUCAAAUGCGUCGGGCUGCUCUUCAAGUUUUCCGCUCAGCCCGUCGCCCAGGCCGCAAGUCGACUCGUACUACAAGCCAUGCUGUAGGCAGCUUGAGAUCUCUUUCAUCGCGUCGCGAGCGAGCUGCCGUCACCGCUCUGCAGUCAUCGAUGCAACUUCGCACCUUUUCCCUGGCGCUUGUCUCCGUCGCUGUUGCAUCUGGAGCCUUCUUCGCCUACCGAGGAAGCCCAGCUACUGGUGCUCAGCACCCUUCGAGAACUACCGUCUCCACGUCCAAUGCCUAUUCUACAUAUGCCAACGUCGGAUCCAACACAGCAUUAUCGGAAGCCGCUCGAGUCACGGAGAGAAGAGCUCUCGUCGUUGGAGCAGAUCAAAUCUAUACUGGUGUCAUUCCUGGUGAUGAGCCGUUGACGAAAGAAACAGACGAUCACGGGCGUAAAGUGUUGGAAAUGAUGACGCCUGAACAGGUCACUCAAAAGUUGAGGAGGAAUGAAGAAUCAUGGCUUGUCGGACGUGGACAGGGCGUUGUACGAUAUGAUGUGGUUCAGAUACCGAGCAAUGAUCCUAUAGAGGACGACCAUGCGGAGAAGAUCAUCGAAGUACCUCAGAAUGUUGCUGCAAGUAUGGACGGCAAAUCAAACACUGACUGGAUGUUCUGGGGUGUUUUCGACGGGCAUAGCGGAUGGGUCACCUCCGCAAAACUUCGCCAACUGCUUAUCUCCUUCGUUGCGCGUGAACUGAGCACCACAUACAAAACCGCCGGAACCGAUCCAUCCCUUAAAUUUCCAUCCGCCGAAGCUAUCGAUACCGCGAUCAAAAGAGGAUUUUUACUUCUUGACCACGAGAUUGUAAUUGAAUCAGUCGAAAAAGCCAACAAGGCCAAGUCUAAAGGCGCUGCCGAAGCACUUCUUGCGCCUGCUAAGUCCGGAUCUUGCGCUCUCCUUUCCUUCUACGAUGCUCGAUCAAAGCAGCUUCGUGUCGCAUGCACGGGUGAUUCCCGCGCAGUCCUUGGACGACGAACCACCAACGGCAAAUGGACAGCCACGCCCUUGUCGACCGACCAGACCGGCGGUAACGUUGAAGAGGCCAAUCGGUUGCGCCGUGAGCACCCUGGCGAACCAGAUGUGAUAUCUAGGGGUCGCGUUCUCGGCGGUCUCGAGCCCACCCGCGCCUUUGGUGAUGCAAUUUACAAAUGGUCGCAGAAGACUCAAGAACAACUCCGCAAAGCCUUCUUCACCCGCGGUCACUCCAGCCUUCUCAAGACGCCCCCAUAUGUGACUGCUGAACCUGUUGUCACAACCACUGAGAUUGAUCCGUCGAAGGGUGACUUCGUCGUCAUGGCCACCGACGGCCUCUGGGAGAUGCUUUCCAACGAAGAAGUCGUCGGACUAGUUGGACAAUGGCUUGAAACACAAGCUGAUGCCAAGAGCGGACUCAUGGGUAACGGUAACGGAAAUGGAAACGGCAAUGUUCAGAAUAACUCGUGGCUCAAGAGCUGGUUCUCAUCGCAACGGGAAACCGGGCUUCCAGUGGAGCACGCGAACAGUGCGAGCGCAAAAGGUGGCCAACGUGCUCCUAUUAGACAGAGGCAGUGGGGAAGCAAGGAUGGUGAUGAUAGAUUUGUAGUCGAGGAUCGGAACGCGGCGACUCAUCUGGUGCGGAAUGCAUUGGGUGGGAAGGAUGAGGAUCAGUUAUGUGCAUUAUUGACGCUGCCGAGUCCGUACUCGCGGCGCUAUAGAGAUGACCUCACAGUCGAAGUUAUCUUCUUCAGUGAGGGCGAAAAUCAGGGCACAGUGACGCUCAAUCUAGACGCGAGCGCCGUGGCUGAGGACGCCAAAGCAAAGCUUUGAUCAGUUCAAGUUAAGGCAUAUGACAGCGAUAGCUAGCCAAUUAUCGUAGCAGCGGCGGCGCCAGGAGCAUUUCACUUUUGGGAUUAUAAGUGCUGACAUAGAAUUGCACAUUGUAGGAUAUAUUUCUCUCGGUUACAAUACUGACUUGCAUCGCUAUCUGCAUCGUCUUCAUACAUACAUGCCAAUGAAUCAUAUAAGUGAUGAGAUGCCUAACGCUAUGUUAGAAACACCAUUGGCAACAUCAUUCUCCAC